AUGGGCUGCUGUUGCAGAGGCCAGGCCAGACUGUCAGCUUUGGUUAAAGCAGGUGAGCACACUGAGCUCAGGCUGCAGGAGAGCUCUUAUGAGCUUUAAUCGCUCUGGCCUUAUUCACGCUGAAUGGAUGCAGCGACAGCCCUGCUGUGGUUCAGAGACUCAGGACACUUCCCCAUGCACAACAGAGCAGUGAAGCAGGCAAGGUAGUUCAUCACCAUGGCAUCAGAUGCCAGUUCCAUGCUGGAGGCAGCCUUGGAGCAAAUGGAUGACAUUAUAGCGGGCUCCAAGGCUGUGGUGCCAGUGGGUGUAGCAAGCCAUGCCCUGGUUCCACUGCCUUCUGAGGACUGUUGCCCCUCAGCGAGGGUCUUGCAGCUGGCUGAGGAGCUGAAAGGUGCUCUAGAUGGUCAAGAGGACAAGGACUCUCUGAGGAGACAGGUUCCCUCCACCACAGCACACACUCUCCUACUGUGGCUGGACAAAAGCCUGGUCAACCUGCGGGCACUCGGAAACAAUGAGAGCUAUCAAGAGCGGCUGUCUCGACUAGAGGGAGAUAAAGAAUCUCUAGUGCUGCAGGUGAGUGUGUUGACAGACCAAGUGGAGGCUCAGGGAGAGAAGAUCAGAGACUUGGAGAGUUCUUUGGAGGAGCUCCAGCACAAGCUCAACUCCACAGAAGAAAUGCUACAACAGGAGCUUCUGAGCAGAACGUCUCUUGAGUCCCAGAAACUGGAUCUAAUGGAUGAGGUUUCUUAUCUGAAACUGAAGCUGGUGGGCAUGGAAGAGAGACAGAACCACAACGUAGAGAGACAACACAAAGCUGAGGGUUUGCUCCAGGAACUGAGGUUGCUCAAAAAUAAAGUCGAUGAGCUUGAGGAUGAGAAGUCCCAGUAUGAGAGGAAGCUCAAAGCUACGAAGUUGUCUAUCUCUUACUCUCUUCACGUAUGUUACCAGUCUCUGGUGACUCAAUUGUCUAAUCUGAGGCUGACGGUGGAGCAGCUGCAGGUGGAGAGGCAGCAGUGGGAGGAGCGCAGCAGAAGCCUGCAGGCGGAGAUCUCGAGCCUACAGCAGCUGCUGCAGUGUAAGAAUGCUGAGAUUGAGAACCUUCAGGCCCAGCUGCUCUCCAAAGCGCCUGUGUCUGUGGACAGUGCAGAGAGAGAGGAGAUAUACAGGAGAAGGCUCAACACUAAACAUCAGGAGUUACAAAAGCUAAAAACAGGAAUGGAAUUAUUAAUCGCUGCCAAUGAUGAAAAGGAUCGGCGUAUAGAAGAACUCUCCCUCCUCCUGAGCCACUGCAGGCAGUUCAGAGAUGGCAUGACCUUGGUUCAGCCCUCAGCAACGAUAUCUCAACAAGGCAGCAGUGAGGAAGAGGAGCCGAGCGGAGGAGUGAGGAUGAAGGCUCUGACUGUUAAGCCUCACACUGAGCUGACAUCCAGUGCUUCUUCUCCACUUCUUGCGUCCACACUGUCCAGUCAGAAAGAGACAGAAACCAGGCCACAUACAAAACCGCUCUCCUGCAGCAUGGAAGACUUGAAAGGUGGAGCAUCACAAAAGACUCCUGUGGAAGUCGUUUCUUCAGAGGAGAAUCAGAACUCAGACUCCAAACAGCAGACUGGGAAAUCCUCUCUAACAGAGGCUGGGAAGAGCGAUAGCUCAGAAGCAAGGUCUCGAGAAGGGAGUGAGGACGGAGACCUCAACCUGCGUCGCUGCAGGAGUGCAAGCGCUCCAGUUUUAGGAAAGACAGAGAGGAUGGAGGACACAAACACAUCAGAUCUUUCGCCAGUGUCAUCUGGAGUGGAUUCUGGACAGCAGUCUCCUGUCUCACAGGAAAAUCUGAAGAACAACAAGAGCAUACGCAAGCUGUGGGGAAAGAUCAGGAGGACUCAGUCAGGGGGUCUGCAGGGAGAUGACCUAGAGCCCACUGAAUUCAGGAGGGGGGGCUUCAGAGCAACAGCUGGACCCAGACUGGCCCGGACACCGGACUCGGGCCGCUCAGUCCGGGAUAUGUCAAUGCCCUUCUCUAAGUGGACCACAGAGCAAGUAUGUGGCUGGCUGGAGGACUAUGGACUGGGUCAGUAUGUUAAUCUGGCCCGUCAGUGGGUGGUCAGCGGUCAGACUCUACUUUCUGCCACACCACAGGAAUUUGAGAAGGAGAUGGGGAUCAAACAUCCCCUCCACAGAAAGAAGCUGCAGCUGGCUCUCAGGUCAUUUAGCAACAAGGCAAUGGAGAAAUCCUCUGAGCUCGAUCACAUCUGGGUUACACGGUGGUUGGAUGACAUUGGUCUACCUCAGUACAAAGACCAGUUCCAUGAGAGCAGGGUUGAUGGUAGAAUGCUUCAGUAUCUGACAGUGAAUGAUCUUCUGUUCCUGAAAGUCACAAGUCAGCUUCAUCAUCUCAGCAUCAAAUGUGCCAUCCACGUGCUCCAUGCGAACAAGUUCAACCCCCACUGCUUGAGACGGCGACCAGGGGACGAGAAUAAAACAUCCCCCUCAGAGGUAGUGCAGUGGUCUAACCAUCGGGUAAUGGAAUGGCUGCGCUCUGUGGACCUGGCUGAGUAUGCUCCAAACCUCAGAGGCAGUGGCGUACAUGGAGGCCUCAUAAUCCUGGAGCCCCGUUUUAACUCUGAGACCUUGGCCAUGUUGCUGAAUAUCCCUCCUCAGAAGACGCUCCUCAGACGCCAUUUAGCCACAAACUUCAAUGCUCUGGUAGGGCCCCAGGCCCAGCAAGAGAAACGGGAGUAUGCCAAUGCUAGCGGACACACGCCCCUCACCACCACUGCCAAAGUCCGGCCAAAGAAGCUUGGCUUCACAAACUUCAGCCACUUAAGGAAGAGAAGACCUGAUGAUUCCGCAGACUACAUCUGCCCAGUAGAUGUGGCCAUCUCACCUGUAUUAAACGGAAACCCUCACCGGCCCCAAGGAAGCUUUAGAGGUCUAAGCCCCAUCGUGGACAGAGACACGGAUAGACUGGAUCAGAUUGGGCCAAAGAGCUGAUCCUCCCGCUAUGCGCUCUUAGCCAGUAACACUCCUCUUCAGCCAAUAAGUCUAUGCUUGCUCCUUCACGUACACUCAAAUGGACAGCUCCACAGAAACCCCAGCCCAUGCUGCUUGAUGAAUUAGGGAUACGAUUCACAACUGAUUCAUCUGGACAUAACUUGGUUGAGAAUCAUGUGGACUUACUAGUGAGCUGUGUAAUUUGAAUUAUGUUAUUGUUAGCAUGCUGUAAACCUGAAAGCUGGUGUACAGAUUCCUUGACGAAGCAUCCAAAAUACUGAAUCAGCAAUGCUAAAUGUUUUACAUGGUAAAUAGCAACAAACAUACAAACUGCAAUUGUCUGUCUGUCUGUCUGUCUGUCUGUCUGUCUCUCUCUCUCUCUCUCUCUCUCUCUCUUUCAGAGGCUAAUGGUCAGUAAGUGUAAUUUUCCAGCUUUAAACCUUGUUAAAACGUUAAAACAAUAAAUUAAAAUAUACUUUAACAAGAAGACAAA